UACUUCCUUGUUAGACUUGUUGCUUAACAGGUACGAGCGUACAGCGAAGUAUUGCUGUUGCCGAACUUGGUGAGAAACUUCUCCACAGAGACAAUCAUCGACUACUGACUUGUCAUCAGCUGGGAUCAACUCCCCUGGAUUGGUGGAACACCUCUUCACCCGGUCAGUGAUGGGUUUCAUACCAGAUGAUCGGUGUUCAUUGAAAACUAAAGGACUGUGGAUUUGUUUCUUUCUGACUUACCUGUAUGGCGCAUGUCAAUCAGCUUCAGCAGAUAACUGUUCGAUGGCGUUGACCGCCAGUGAGGGUAAUAUUACAAGUCCUGGUUACCCUGGCAGCUACAUCAACAACCUCGACUGCACGUAUGUCAUCGUGGGCGAUGGGCAGAACCACACAAUCACCAUAGACCUGGUUGACCUGGCUCUGGAAACAGUUUCCGGUUGUAGCAACGACUGGCUCAUUAUAGACGGUGGCCCAAAACUGUGCUAUGCUACACCGUUCCAUAAGACAUAUGCCUUUAGGGAUAGAUUCGUCAUCAACUUUAGAAGUGAUACCAGCAACACUGGAAGAGGGUUUAAGAUACGAUAUGCUAUUGACGUAAACGACAACUGCACUUCCAUCCACUUAAAGACAUCUGGGCAGAUAUUGACGCCAUGUUACUCCUGCAACUGCACCUACAACAACUGCACCAACACCAUCAUAGCCAGUGGGAAGUUACAAAUACUAACUCUCAACUACACGACCAGCGCUAACUGUGAUCUCGGAUGGUUUACCAUAGAUGGCGGACCAAGGAUAUGCACCUCAACCCCUUUUGCAACAAUCUAUGCAUUUUUUGGCAGUGUAGACAUUGUGACCCAUGAUGGAGACCGAUCUGUAGACUCUUGUGGUGGCUUUGUUGUCAACUACGUUGUUGAAGAGAGCUGCUCAAUGACGUUGACCGCCAGUGAGGGUGAGAUUACCAGUCCUGGCUACCCUGGCAACUACAUCAAUUACCUCAACUGCACGUAUGUCAUCGUGGGGGAUGGGCAGACCGAGAGCAUCAUCAUAGACCUGGUUGAGCUGGACCUGGAAACAACUACCAACUGUUACUUGGACUGGCUCGUUAUAGACGAUGGUCCUAAACUGUGCUACCCUACACCGUUCAAUAAGACAUAUGCCUUUCUGGAUAGAUUCGUCAUCAAGUUUAGAACUGAUUACAGCGUCACCAGAAGAGGGUUUAAGAUUCGAUAUUCUUUUGACAGCGACGCACACGACAACUGCACUUCCAUCCACUUAAAGACAUCUGGACAGAUAUUGGCGCCAUGUUAUUCCUGCGACUGCACCUACGACAACUGCACCAACACCAUCAGAGGCAGUGGGAAGUUGCAAUCACUAACCCUGGACUUCGUUUCUGUCAACUUCACGACCAGCUCCAACUGUGAUCGCGGGUGGUUUACCAUAGAUGGCGGACCUAAAAUAUGCACUUCAGUCCCCUUCAAAACAACCUAUGCAUUUUUUGGCAGUACAGAUAUUGUGACUCAUGGCGGAGGUCGGUCUGUUGACUCUUGUGGUGGCUUUGUUGUCGACUACGUUGUUGAAGUUGAUGGUGGGUUGACCCAGUGGAAUCAGUGGUCAGGUCUAACGUGUACAAGAACGUGUGGAGUUUCCGAAAGUAGAACUGUAGUCAGAACCAGGUCCUGCACCAACCCAGCCCCUCAGAAUGGCGGAAACAACUGUACCGGAUCAACGUUUGAAGUCCAAAACAGGAAUUGUGGAUUUUCGGCGUGUCCAAUUAACGGAGGCUUGACACAGUGGACUCAAUGGACCGUUCCAAAUUGUACACGAACCUGUGGUUCAGCUGCAACCCUCACUGCAACAAGAACAAGAUCAUGUACAAAUCCUGUCCCUCAGUUCGGUGGUAGAGACUGCACAGGUCUAGGGAACGUGUUCGAAAACCAAGUCAGGAACUGUGGAUUGACGGCCUGUCCAACGGAUGGCGGAUUAUCACUGUGGACACAAUGGAGCAUCCCAUCUUGCUCUGUCACCUGUGGAACGACAGCUUCCCGAGUUGUUACUCGAACCAGGAGCUGCACCAACCCUCCCCCUAGUGAUGGGGGUAGAGACUGUAUUGGUCUCGGAGCCACAUUUGACAGCGAAACGAGAAACUGUGGUCUAAGCCCAUGUCCAAUUAACGGAGGCUUGACACAGUGGGCUCAAUGGAACGUUCCAAAUUGUCCACAAACCUGUGGUUCGACUGCGACCCGCACUGUAACGAGAACACGAUCAUGUACAAAUCCUGUCCCUCAGUUCGGUGGUACAGACUGCACAGGUCUAGGGACCUCGUUCGAGAACCAAGUCAGGAACUGUGGAUUGUCGUCCUGCCCAACGGAUGGUGGAUUAUCACUGUGGACACACUGGAACAUCCCAUCUUGUUCUGUCACCUGUGGAGUGACUGCUACCCGUGUUGUUACUCGAACCAGGAGCUGCACCAACCCUCCCCCUAGUGAUGGGGGUAGAGACUGUACUGGUCUCGGAGCCAUAUUUGACAGCGAAACGAGAAACUGUGGUUUAAGCCCAUGUCCAAGUAAUUAUUAACUUCCAUUGUCUUUCUUAUUCCUUACAAAGUUCUAAAUGAUGGAUGUAGCUUACAUGUGACAGAUGACGAGUAGAAAAUCACUGACAUUAAAAUGUGUGGCACACAGAUAAAGAUAUGAACUUAGCUGUAAAUACUGUUACUUAAAGUACCCUGCAAUUCACGUUCACAAAGCUUUAUGUGUACUAUGUCUGUUGUUGCCAUUAAUAUGUAUGUGUAUGUGUGUUGUAAUGCAGAUGUUCAUUCUUUGGCGUGGAGGCGUUUUAUGUAGACACAUGACAUCCUUGCCAAAGGGCAUGGUGGUUUUGGUCAUUGUAUGAUUUUCUGACACUAACACUCAAUUUUAAUUUGGUGCAGGUGAAGCACUUCCGUGAGAUCUUAAAACAAUAUACUAGUAUUUGCACACACUUUCUUUGUUUAACAAUGAAAAAACUAUAACUGUUACUGAAGCCAUUUUGGACAAGGGUAUGACUUACUUACAAUAUUCUAUCAUUUUACUACUCUCUCACUAUAUUGACCCGUGAAGAUCCGGGAUAGAAUAGGUCUUCAGUAACCCUGCUUGCUGUAAAAGGCGACUAUGCUUGUCGUAAGAGGCGACUAUCGGGAUCGGGUGGUCAGACUUGCUGACUUGGUUCAUGCAUGUCAUCGUAUCCCAAUUACGUGGAUCGAUGCUCAUGAUAUCAAACACUGGAUUUGAUAACUGUUCAAGUUUGCAUUUGUUAGAUGUAUAACGUUUAUGUAAAACUAUUAAUGUGUACCCCUUACCUAUAUAGCGUAGUAAGAUGUACGCCCUAAAGUUUGACGGUGUGAAUGGCUGAGCAAGAGAUGGGAGUUUGCAAUAAGAAAAGUGAUGCUCACUGCAUGCUGCGCAAUUUUUUUCUAAGAUACCAACGUAGGCAAUCAUAGUUGCAUCCGAUACUUUAGGUUUUCUUACUAACUUAUUCAGCUUGCUUUCUUUUAUUGCUAUGUGAUAUCAUUAAUACUGCAUCAAUUUGGGUGGCAUGCGAUUGGUAUCUACGCAUUUACUAUAUCAAACAUUUAGUAUGAUGCAAUACAACAUAACCUUUUGGAUUGUAUCACAAAGUCUUCUGUAUUUAUAUGUCUGCACAUAAACUAACAUUCGAUAGAUUCAUAGCUAGCUGUGUCAGGCAUGUGUAUAAUGUGGUCUGUUCACAAUCUUUGAUAUGCUAUCUUUUGAACUAUUCUGUACAUGAGUGCUCUCAAUCUUUGCUAUGCUAUUGUUUAAGUCAUUUUAUACAUGAAUGUACACAAUCUUUGCUGUGCAUUUAUUUUAAAUUAUGCUGUGUUUGAAUGUAUGACACAAUAGUAAGGUGCAUCUCUAGCAGAAGGCACAAGAGACACGCCUUGCCACAAGAUGAAAAUUCAGCUGCAGAGAUGUCAGUCCAAACAGCAAUGAUGGAGGGUAGCCAUCUGAAUACGGUGAAUGUUAUCUUAGAUGCUCGUGGUUCUAGAACGUAAGUAGUGUGUUGUUGCUUUGACAAUGAGAGUGGCAUUAUAACUUCCGGUCCAAGAUAUAGUCUUCGCCUUAAUUGUAACGUUUCCCCUUGAGCUAAACAGAAAACAGAUAAAAGAUUCAAAAUUAAUUACAUUUACAUAUAUGCAUAUAUACUUGUAUAUAUAUUGUUUGUUGUUUAACGCAGCACUUGAUGACGGCGGUCUGUAAAUAAUCGAGUGUGGACCAGACAAUCAAGUGAUGGAUAUCAUGAGCAUCGAUCCACGCAACGGGGAUCGAGGACAUGUAUCAACCAAUACAUAUCUGCCGAAGGGAAAUGAACGAACCAGGCCAAGUGCUAGCUCCUGAACAGAUAUGCACUUCAUUAUGUUCCGCUCUCUGCCUCCUUACCUUCACAGGGUAUUGUCCAUCGGGAUCCUUAAUAACACGACCAUAGUGGCCAGUUUACACAAGACGAGAAUGGUUCCCUGUUAGACUGCAGAGAGAUACUAUUGGGAUACAGCAGAGUGAUGGGUCUUGAUGCUGAUGAGAUCAUUCUUCACAGGAAGAAUAUCACUUUAAAUCCUUUGGUCAAGGAACUAUCAGCGAAACAUCCACAGGCAGCAGUGUUCCACUUGACAAGUAAUUUCUUCUACUCAAGUCACGGCAAAACCAGGGACCAUUCUUCUGGCAUGGAACACCUCGACUACUCCAGGUCUACCACAAUGGAGCUCCAUCAGGACCUCUGUUUUCCUGACAUAGUGACGGUUCCAGAAACGCUUCUUGUCAACGCUGAAUUCCCCUACUAAGUGUAGGUCGUCAGGGACGUCAGUGGCUGUGAUGUGAGCCAAAUCAACUGGUACAGAGUCAGGAUUACCCGGUUCAAUGUAGUCAUCACCAUCAGACCCCGUGAGUCCCAGCUGGUGGCGUCAUUCAUCAUACGUUUGUGGCGUGUGCUUCCAUUCACACUCGGUUACUGACUCGGUCACCUCUCAGAAGCCCAUAGAGAUGAACUGCCCCAUAGAGAUGAACAGGCGAUGAAAGAUGUCAUUUUUGACCAUUUAUCUUCAUUUGCUGCUCUCCUGGUGUGGACCCCGUUUGUUAGAGGACAAGUGAUGUUGAUACCAACGUCCAGAUCAGACUAGGCGUUAUCACGGGUUUCCAUUGAGAUGCCAACAAUUAAGGUUAAAUUCAAAUUGUAAAGUGGCGAACAGUUGAUGUCAUCCGACGUUUUGUUUUGUAAUUUGUGAUCUGGCGGUUGAAUAAACAUAUUGAUCACAUGUCUUGAUGACUGUGUGUCAUCGUACCAUGA